CUUGCCAGUACCUGCGCCAUUGCCACCACGAUGCCAAGGAAUGUUCCUGGCAGUAGGGGGACAGAAGUACACCGGUCGCAGCAUGGAAAUUUCAGGAAAAUAGCUGAAAAACCGGGGGAUUAACGACGGCGAGGUGGGGAAUGGUCGGAAGCAGGGACGCAAGGCGGGCGAAAGAGUGUGGCCGUGUUUGUUCUUGACAACCACGUUCCUUACCUGGCUUCUUUUUGUAUUACUUUUUUCUUUCAUUCCUACUCUAAUAAGGCUUUGUUUUGCAAUGCCUAUUCAGCGCAUCACUAGACGCACUCCCUUACGGAAAUCGCUUUCUGACCUGCCCUCAUCCACGUUCUUCAGUAUGGCAGCACCCUCGUCGUCAUUCUCCCUCAUGUCGUCCUUGGCUACCAGGAAAAGUUGCUUCAGAACAACAUUUCUUGCCCUUUUCGUGAUCUGCUUCUUGUCUGCCUACAUUUUUGUCUUUCAGCAGCGAGCACUCCAAGCACCGCUCGGCCUGAAGCGUCCCGAGCCAGUUGCUGAUCAGAUCGAAAAGGCCCUGGAGACGAUACGGACGUCGACUAAUGCUGCUACUCUUCGCAAGACCUAUACCAACCAGCCGCAGCUGCGGCUGGACACGACACAGGAACUGGCUGCCGUCUCCAGCUUCCUAGCGAGUCUGCCCCAAAAUGUCAUUCCAUCUUUCGUAGACCCUUCCUCGCCCAUAGAUCCCCAGCUUGUCGUCGACUUUGAUCCCCAAAGUCCGCGAGUCUCUGAUGAGAUACAGAACAUGAUUGAUGAUGUCUGGACCCGGCAUCCUGUUUUCCUCUACUCCAAGCUAUACUCGCCCGUAUCGCGUGAGAUAAAGGCAAUCUUGGCGGGCCUCCAUCUGCAUCCAGCUCCCAUGAUCAUGGAUGUCGAUGUCCGUGAGGACAGCACCGUGCUUGAGCCUCUCCUCGAGAGGGUCCUAUCCACAGAUGAUCUGCCCAUUCUCUUGAUCGCCGGUCAUUACGUCGGGCCGAUAUCCAAUAUUCGUUCUCUGCAUGAAAGUGGCGAGCUCAAAGAAAUGAUCAAAGCCGCCGGCGCUGUCAUUGACGGUGCCAAGAGGAAGCACAAAAAAUCAUAGUGGCUUUGUUGUUUUCUCUUGGACAUCUUUGGUCGCUCGUACCACUUUUGUCUAUUUAUGAACGUUCUACGCUAUUCACGGACAUUGCAUGCCUCCAUCAGUCAUCCAAUGGUGGCCUUCACGACACCCCAUUUGCUGUGAUAGACUCCAUAUUAAAAGUCUCUGCCAUUCAAUAUUCAAUCACUGUAAACUACAUACCGUCUUUCCUCGUCAUACCUUAGGCAUAUUCCCGAUCUAUCCAUACACCUUGUCCUUGUUUUUGGUAGAACUAGUCUCCAUUUCCUUUUUCCCUUCCAGUGUUAUGUAGGUCGUAUUCCAUAUUCAACGUACAUAAUAUUGUACCUCUCCAUCCAUUGGCCCUUCAUUAACAAUGGAUAUCACCUUCUCUCCGACUGGACUCGGAGUUGUACUUAAUUCCACACGUCUGUCUCU